CAAUAAUUUACAGUGUACACUUAGCCAUCUAGUCGUAAGAUUGCACAAAAGUUGUCGCGCGACAAACAGAAGUGCUCCAAACGAAUUUUGUUGCUUUUUUUUUACUACUUUGUCAUGUGCAACUUGGGCGUGUGCUGUCUUUUUUUUGCCAUUGCCGCUUCCUGUUACGUUUCAGGCAACACCAAGGCGACUACCAGUGAUGAUGAUUUACAGCAGGCCAUAAAUUUAGCACAUGCUCCAAAUAUCAUCCCAAAGCCAUAUAUGCCCAUACAAGAACAACAGAAACAACAACAACACAGCGAAAGACAUCCUAACAAACGGUCAUUGCUGGUCUUAGCGGCAGCGCCAAAAAAAUUGACAAAGAAGACACGACAAAAACGUUCGCAGCAUGACUUGGCCACAUCGGAGGAGUAUUUGAGAAAUAUGCCAACAUAUGCUUACAAUCUGGCCUUGUUAAACAUUAUGCACAGCCUGAGGAAACAACUAUCCAACAUUGAGUUGGCGCGUUUACGUUCACGCCUUGGUCGUAGUGCUGCAGCUGAUUUGCAAUUGUUCAAUGAAAUCUACAACAGAAAUAGCAACAAAAACAACAAUAAUAGACUUCUGUUCAACAAAGAAUCCGGCUCAAUGAAUGAUGGUGAGUUGGGCAGUAGCUACAAUGACGGUGGUGUGGACUUUGUCGCUGGUGCCAGUCUAAUUGGCACUGGCACUGGCACUGGCACUGGCUUUGACACUGGCAAUGGUGGACUCGAAAAGCUUGAAGGCGUUGGCGGUGGAGGUGCUGCUGUUGAUACCGGUAAUGACAUGCUUGCCAAUGACAUUGAGGACCUUAGCGUGCCAUGGCAAUUUGUGGGGCGCGUCAGCAAAAAAUCCUCAGCACUCUAUAAGCCACGACUGGGCAAACGUACGCAGCAGCAGCAGCAGCAGCCAAAGACAUGCAACUGAAAUGUCAGCAGUUUGCGUGCGGCAUAGCGCCGCAUAGUGGUUGUGCAGAGGAGCGGAAGUAAAGUCAUGCAUUUCAUUUAAACAUAGCAAGGUUGUAUUCGUUUGUUUGUUUGUUUGUCUGGCUUUUGUGACAGAGAGUAGCAAUUUUUGAAGUGGGCGAGUUGUUAGGUGGAUCACAGCUUGGACGACUCUGUCACGCACAUACACAUUCCCGAGUUGGGACAAUAUGCAACUGCAUACACGACCGCAACUACCACUACAUCAAUAUUAAGUAUACAUAAAUAUGUAUGCACCUAAAUAAGUUUGUAUAGGAAAAUGUAACCAUUAAUAUGCCAAUUAAAAUCUGGUUGUAACAUUCGAGCGGGAGUUAAUUGUUUGUUAAUAUUUAAUUAAUAAUUUAUACACAUGAAUACUUACGGUAUAUUAAUGUUGACUGU